AUGGCUAAAACAAAGUUUUCUGCUCUUCUCCCAAGCGACUUUAAUAAAGAAAACCAAGGCACUGGAGUUUACGAAAUAAAGCACAUUUCAUCUCACGUUUCUUCAGAAUCUGUUCUCAAACCCAGAGACCCUAACCGCCCUUUUGUCACGAAAUAUUCCAAAGAUUCUAAAGUCUACUACCCAAUUCCCAAAGGAGAUUCCGUUUACGCUCUUGGCAAAAAAGCAGAAUACAUCGAAAAAAAUCUUGAAAAAGCUGCUGAUCUGUACCUUAAAGCAAUCAAUUCUAAUGACAGAGCUGAAAGUGCUAUCAAGGAUCUCGUAGGCGUUUUACAUCAGCAAGGGAAAACUUUUGAAGCUCUUGAAAUCCUCCAAAAGCAUGAAAACCUGUUUACCAAUGAAACAGAAAAAUAUGAGAAUAUCUACAAAAAUUUACACCAGCAGCUAAUGUUUAAAGGGAACCGCUUCAACAAACUGUUGAAGAUAUCUCCAGUCAAGCCAUUUGUUAAAGCGUCUUUUAUUUCUUCUCUAUUUUCGAAGCCUCAAAGAAUAAAUGAAAUAAAAAUUCAUGGCAAAGGAUACGCAAUUUUGAAUUUUUCAAGUCACUCGGCAGCAAGGAAAACCUUGGAAAGUUUUAGAUUUUGGGAAAAAUAUAAAAUUGAGUGGGUAAAUGUAGAUGGAGAAGUAAUUGGGGACGCAUAUUUUAGAGGGGAAAGUUAAAAAUGUCAGUUAAGGAUAGGAUGCAGGUCCUGCAUCCGAGUUCGGUUAGAGAAGUCAACGGCUUCUUGAGAGUCUCGGAUCAAGAGAAUGGGUCUAUGCUGAGUCUGGUGUAGAUCAGAGAGAUCCUAAGGGGCUUGGGGACAGAAGCAGGUCGACGGUUAUGCUUUUUUGCCUUGAGUGGCGCGGUAACGGGGCGCCACUCAAGGCAAAAAGCUAUAGGACAGCAAACCUACGGUUAUUCAGAACUGUGGUCCAAACUGAGAUCAAGAAUACGGGACGAAGAAUAAUCUUAAACUUAAAGUGAAGAAGCCGAAAGUUUAUCAAGAAAAAAAGGCAAAAAAUUCCGAAGAUGAGAUUUUUGAGUUUUCUCAAAAAGAAGCAGAAGAAAUAUUAGGCAAAGAUUUAUUAGCUUGCCUAAAUAAUUAA